CGGCUCUACGGCUUUACGGCUGCUUAGGCUGCUCAUAACGCCGCAGCGGGCUGCCUCGGAUCGCUGCGGACGCUACUGACCACUUGUGCGCAGCCCAGCUCGCUCACAGCCCCUGGGGGCAGCACUCUCAAAAAGAGAUCCACCAGCACGCCAUCGACGCCAUCGACGCGACACGCGACCGCAGCCAUGGACCACCCCCUGAACCAAGCUUCGAUAGAUGGCUUGGACGAGAUGGACAAGAUCCUGAAGGGCAUGGCCGAGUUGGAUGGGGACACGACGCCGCACGCCGACGCGAGCCUCGAGGCAUUGCGGAGGGGCGAGAAAUCUUUGAAGGACGAGUGGCCUGUUGGAAUGGAUGAAAAUGUGGAAAAACUGAUAAAAGCGGCGCGGAACGCUAGAGAACAAAAACCGAACACGGACGUGACGGUCGAGGGGCAAGUGGCGGAGCUCGUCGAGGCCGCGAAUGAAAAGCUGCAGCGGGCCACGAAAAACAGUGUGAGGGACGCCUUGCGGACGUACGACGAGGUGUUGGCUUCCGGUGCUCAAGGUGAAUAUUUAGUACCUUUAUUAGUGAACAGGGCCAUCGCGCUGGACGCGCUCGGGGAGUGCUCGGCCGCGGCCGAAUCUGUGCGACUGGCGAUGGACGCGCUGCCGCCUGAUAGUGAAAAGAGGCAAGAGUUACAAAGGUUGCGGGACGAGUUCGAAUCUGCCGCAUUGGAGAAGCCUACUGACGUUCCUUCGCAUGAAGGGGAUGCUGCCGCGAUGCUGAACGCGUUGAAUGCGCCUCCCGAACCGGCAGAGGGCGGUGCUCCGUUCCCGCCGCCGCCGCCGCCUGCCUCCAUACCUGCGCAUAAGCACGUGCGCCGCGGGCCUCCGCUGCGAUUUUCUGAGAGUGACAGAAGUGAAGCUUGUACGUCGAAGGAUGCCGGCAAUCUUCAUCUGAGGGAGGGCAACGUAUCUCAAGCGUUGGUAGAGUAUGGGAAUGCGAUCAAAAAAGAUCCUGAUGAUGCGAUCCUCUGGUCGAACCGUUCAGUCGCGUUCCUACAGUUGUCGGAAGACAACGACACGACAGCGGCACAAGCGGCCGCCGACGCGUUGCGAGCCGUGACCUGCGAUCCAAACUGGCCUAGAGGUUAUUGUACCCUGGGGGAUGCGUUGUUGCGGCUCGGCUCGCCGUUGGAGGCCCUCGAAGCGUUUCUAGAUGGGGCUCGAGUAGCAAGAGACGCGGGUCGCUUGGAGGACGCGUUCGAGCUGGACCGGAAGGGGCGCGACGCGCGCGACGCGGUUUUGAAGCGGCGUCCUUGUGUCUGCUCGAUGGCGUCUGAGACACAACUCCGCGCAGGCCCAGCAGGAGACGGAGCGUUUGAGAGAGCAGCUCAAGAGCGGAACUGUCCAGAAGGAGCCCGCCCGGACGAAGAGCGUCACGUCUAGAUUGGCGUAUCGGGCUUGCGCCGAGGCGCCGCGCGACCGGUCUGUAUUUGAGAGGCUUGCGCAAGGUACCUCCGUCGAAGUUUUUAAGAGCCACGGCCUCGGGCUGAGGGUGACAAGGGACGUCCAAGCAGGCGAAGUUUUACUCCAAGAAAAGGCCCUCUGUGUUAUCUCAUUGCGGGACGACGCGUGCCUCAUUUGCGCCGCGAAGCUGGAGCGGGAGCAGUCCUUCUGCUGCGGUGCGUGCGAAGCGCUCUUCGAGAAACGAGUAACGGGUGCCUCAAAACGGUUCCGCGCCCAUCGACGGUCGCUGGAGGCCGAGGGGUGCGUCGUCGGGGCGGGCUUUCAUUCACUAGCGGCAUCGCAACUCUUUGGUGUUGAUGGUGAAGAUUUGCGCGUCCUCGAAGCACUAUUGAGGCCGGGCGAUCUAGCGGAGAGGCCUUUACUAGCUUUCUCGGACCGCCACGCGUUGAUACAAGACAUUGACGAGUUGCGGCACGGUCCGGAGGAUGACGGGGACUAUGUGCGCAGAAGGCGUCAGACGGCCUCGAUUGAUUUCGGCCGCGUCGACGCCUUGGCCGGCGCGCUGGAGAUGAACAAUCUGAUUGUGCGCGGUGGCGAGGCGGUUGUGAUACCUCGACUCGCGUGUCUAGCCAACCACGACUCGCGGCCGUCCUGUGAAGUGUGGCUCGGCGACGAGCGAAGCUUGGAGGUCGUCGCAUGUCACGACAUGAAGGCCGGCGACGAAGUUACUUUGGAUUAUUGCGCGUGUAGCGCGACGGUCGAUCACAGAAGGAUGGUCCUCGGGCCGUUCGGACUGGCUCAUCUGGCGGCCGUGGAGCUCGUGGAAGAUAUCGAGGAGGAGUUUCCUGAUUAUGUGCCGGAGAAUCGGCGACGGGUCGAUCCGGCUCCUCCUGGGCCUCCUGGGGAGUAGUCCUGGUGUGGUGGCGCGAACCGACGGCGCGUUCGUCGAGGGCCGGGGAGUAGGCGGCGCGUCGACAUCGUGAUAGUAAGUUUGUGUGUUUUUCUU